AUGUCCACAGUUGAUCCUUGGGCAAAAGAUACACUCACUUACCACCAAAAUGUUGGAGUUGCAGGAUCUGGUUCAAAUGGCCUUCUUUCUUCUUUGCUGGGAGUUGGAUGCGAGUGUGAGGGGUAUAGCAUUCGCAUAGUGGGGCAUUCCCUAGGAGGUGCGAUUGCCACAUUGAUUGGACUCAGACUAUACCACCGAUACCCAAAUUUGCAUGUCUAUACAUAUGGGGCCCUUCCAUGUGUGGACUCGGUUGUAGCAAAUGCAUGUUCUGAAUUUGUUACAAGCAUUGUAUACAACAAUGAAUUCUCCUCACGCCUAUCAGUUGGAUCAAUCAUGCGGCUUCGAGCAGCUGCAAUUACAGCAAUGUCACAAGAUUCAGAAACUGAUACAGCUAUGAUACUAAGGCUUGCACGCCAUUUUCUCCAUGUAAGCAAGUACCAGCAAAAUGGGACCAAGGUAAAGGAUUCAGCUUCAGAUAUCACUUCUAGGGCAAUCACAGAUGAAAAACUGAACCACCACAUCUAUGAGAGUCAGUAUCAGGUUAAUAUUAAAGUGUGCAAUGAUGAGGAUCAAGAUUUAAUCUCGUGGGAUGAUGCUGACAUGGAGGACAGAGUUAUUCAAAGUGAUCAUGAUGAAUUCACCAACCCCUUUUCCAAUGAUGUCAUUUCAAAUCAUGACCCUGUGUCUCAAUUUAUGGAAAGUGUCCCAAGAUCGGAAAGUUUGACAUCUAGGGAUCCCCCAGAGAUGUAUCUACCAGGGCUUGUGAUUCAUAUAGUACCGCAACCAAGAAGCUUCGAUAUGUUUCAGUGUAGAGGCAGCGCAGUCCAAGAGAAGACGCAAUGUCAUAAGGCUUAUAUUGCAAACAGAGAAAGCUUCAAAGAUAUUAUUGUGUCACCAUCAAUGUUUCUCGACCAUCUUCCUUGGAGAUGUCACGAUGCAAUGAAACAGUUAUUGCAAGCUCAAAGAUCCCAGGUCCAAAGUUUGCAAGUUCGAAGCUCCCAGCUUGUUCCUAAUCAACCUGAGAGUAUGUGA